CUAUCCUGACAGCUCCACCGCCUGCUGUGCUAACCCUGAACCCUGCAUGGAGGAAGUUCUACCCCACUGAGAAAGUGACUCUCAAAUGUGAGAUUCAUAACCGUCAGACUGAGUGGAGUUAUCUGUGGAUCAGAGAUGGAGCCCCUAUCAACAGUUCGCUCUCCAGAGGAAAUGAGUACACAAUCCCAGCUCUUGAUCAGUCACACAGUGGAAUAUACUCCUGCAGAGGAGAAAUACUAGGAAUAUAUGAUUACACUGAAAUGAGCAAUGAUGUGACUCUGACUGUAGAUGCACUCCCACCCGUGGUUCUGACUCUACAGGCUGGAUGGACAAACAUCGUUAACACAGAGAGAGCGGCUCUGCACUGUGACAUUCAGGACCGCUCUCCCGUGUGGAUGCAUAAAUGGUACAGAGAUGGACAAGAACUUCCUGUGGGCACAGCUGAGGACACGUAUGAGAUCCUGUCUGCUGUUCAGUCAGACUCAGGAACAUACACAUGUCAAGGACAGCAUAAGGAAAGAGUACUGUACACUGGCAGCAGCAAUACAGUUGCACUCAAAGUUUAUGCUCGUCCUCAGGCUGUGCUGACCCUGGAGACUGCAUGGACAGAGAUCUUCAGGUCAGACAGUCUGACUCUGAGGUGUCAGGUUGAGGGGAGCUCUGUUGAGUGGAACUACACGUGGUACAGAGACGGACAGCAUCUUCCACUGGACCCCAGCGGGGACAGACUCAUACUCUCCGCUGGAAACGACUCUUACAGUAGUGAAUAUAAAUGCAGAGGAAACAGAACAGGCCAACCGUCUUACACAGAGAUCAGCGAAGGAUUUAGAGCAAACAACAUUGUGGAGAAUCUAGCACGGAUCGCUGUGGGGGCGGCCAUCUUGCUCUUCCUGUCCGUCAUUGUGAACGAAGGCUUUUGGAGGAGGGCGAGGAAGAUGAGGAGGUGCUGCAUUUGAGCCAACGAUUGUCCCUGUCAUGGAGAAAAAAACUUGGCUGCGAAAUGGCAAAUUAGCCAGUUGUUGUGCAGAGAUUAUUUUAAAAGAGCACCCAGAAAUACUCUCAGAGAAAUUAUUUGUACACAGUAUAGGUUCCAGUGUUAACUCAAUUCUUAACAGAUAACAUUUGGCCCAACAUUCCAGUGUGGGACCAAAUGUUAUCUAUUAAGAGUUGCAUUAACACUGUUACAGCUGAAUUCACACUGGACACUGAUAUAUGAUAGUCAUUGAUAUACCAGUAAUCGUUAUUUGUUUAUAUAAAGUCAUUAGCUUAUAGAAAUUAUAUCGUGAGGUAAGAUAUACGCACACACUGUAUUUAAAUCUUCAAAACAAGUUUAAUGAUGCAAACAUUCCAAAUUCCGAAGGUGUUGGUUUCUCAGGUAUUGCUGUAGGUGAAAGUCUUUGUAGGCCUUCCUUUGUGGGUAUUGCCUGUGUGUGCUUCAUACUACAUUUCACCAUCAAUGGGUACUUUU